GGAGGGCCGUCAUGCCUGUUUCCCCAUCUCUUUGUACGUUGAGUCAGAAAACCACGCCGCACUUAUUUCCACCUCCAGAUUCACCGUAGACUCCUCGUGGCUGAGCUCGGCCUGAACAUCAGCCAGAGCCCGUCCAGGACAGCGGCGGACAGAGAGAGGAGAGGCGGCAGCACGGGAAGCGUCAGGGAAGAAGAAGAAGGAGGAAACGACUGAGGCAAGCCGGGAUGUCAGCGAUGAAGAAGAGAAACUCCAACUCCUCCGGAGGCCGGGAAGAGGACAGGCAGGUGACGGAAAGGAUGCUGUCCGCCGGCUUCAGUCCAGCCGGGACACCGGGGAGCGACGCCAAGAGCCCCAGCAGCCUCCUGCCGCCGGGAGGAGCGGAGGAAGGGGUCGCCCUGAAGAGGACCAUCACUCUUGUAAACGGCGUGGCCAUCAUAGUGGGCACCAUCAUCGGCUCGGGCAUCUUUGUCACGCCGACCGGGGUGGUUCGGGAGGCGGGCUCGGUGGGUCUGUCCCUGAUCGUGUGGGCAGUGUGCGGGGUUUUCUCCACAGUGGGAGCGCUCUGCUACGCGGAGCUGGGGACCACCAUCAGUAAGUCAGGGGGGGACUAUGCUUACAUCCUGGAGGUGUACGGCUCCCUGCCGGCUUUCCUCAAGCUCUGGAUCGAGCUGCUCAUCAUCCGGCCCUCCUCGCAGUACAUCGUUGCGUUUGUUUUCGCCACAUACCUCCUGAAGCCCAUGUUCCCCCACUGCCCGGUGCCGGAUCAAGGAGCCAAGCUGGUGGCCUGCCUCUGCAUCCUCUUGCUGACGUUCGUGAACUGCUACAGCGUGAAGGCGGCCACCCGAGUGCAGGACUUCUUCGCGGCCGCCAAACUCCUAGCGCUCGCCCUCAUCAUCAUCAUCGGCUUCGUCAAGAUCGGCAUGGGUGGAACGGAUGAACUCCUUCCUGAAAACUCCUUCAAGGGAUCAAAUUAUAAUUUCGGUAACAUCGGCCUGGCUCUCUACAGUGGCCUGUUUGCCUACGGUGGCUGGAACUACUUGAACUUUGUUACAGAAGAAAUGAUCGAACCUUACAAAAACCUUCCCCGAGCCAUCAUCAUUUCUUUGCCCAUCGUCACAGCUGUGUAUGUCCUCACCAACCUCGCCUAUUUUACUACGCUCUCCCCCGACGAGAUGCUCAACUCAGAGGCUGUCGCUGUGGACUUUGGAAACUAUUACCUGGGCCCCAUGGCAUGGAUCAUCCCCGUCUUUGUGGGUCUGUCGUGCUUUGGAUCAGUAAACGGCUCUCUCUUCACAUCAUCCAGGUUAUUCUUUGUGGGGUCCCGGGAGGGUCACCUGCCCAGCCUGCUAUCCAUGAUCCAUCCCUCGCUGCUCACGCCGCUGCCAUCACUUAUCUUCACAUGUUUGAUGACGCUGCUCUAUGCCUUCUCCGAUGACAUCUUCUCCGUCAUCAACUUCUUCAGCUUCUUCAACUGGCUCUGCAUCGCCAUGGCGAUCAUCGGCAUGAUGUGGCUCCGCUACAAGAAGCCUGAGCUGGAGCGGCCGAUUAAAGUCAACAUCCUGCUGCCUAUUAGUUUCGUGCUCGCCUGCCUUUUCCUCAUCAUCGUGUCUUUCUGGAAGACGCCUAAAGAAUGUGGAAUUGGCUUCGGCAUCAUCGCCACCGGACUGCCCGUUUACUUCAUCGGCGUUUGGUGGCAGAACAAGCCCAAGUGGAUGAUGCGAGCCAUCUACAAGACCACCGCCUGGUUUCAGAAGGUAAUGGAGGUGGUGCCUCAGGAGUCCUAAACGGCCGUCAGCCUUUUUUCACCUCUACAGAAAGCGCCUGAAGUGACCUCUGGGCACCGACAUGAGAGCAGAUGAAGUUUGACCUCCAUUGACGUCUCUAACCCCACUCUGUCCCACGCUAACACACACAUUCUCUCACACGUGUGCAGACUGCUGAUCAGGACAGUGUCGUCAGCGUUCUGUUUGUAUUGUUCCUCAGCUGAUCUGUUGUUUUUAUGUGCUUUUAUUCGCGACCAUUUUAAGCUCUUGUUGCGCAUCAACUCUUUUAUGAAAUCCGUUUCUUGUUUUUGUUUAGAUGUUUUCAGCUUUUAGUUUAGAGACGUUAGAGGCAGAUGUUUGAGUUUUAAGCCAUCACUUCUUUGUCGUCUUGCUGCUGAGCGUCUGUUGGUCACCAUGAUGCUCCUGACCUCUGGACUCACUGUGACGGAUCGAAGCCUAAUGGAGCCCGAUCCAUCAUCUGUGUUGCUAUAAAUGUGAGCUUUCGCUUUCAUGCAGGUCCGCAUAAUGUGCCAGCUUGUUAUCGCCUCAUGGGUUGUUGUUUUUUUUUUAAAUCUGAAGCGAUCAGAUGUUUUUCCGUUCAAAGGCAGCAACUCUCUGACAUGCCGUCUCGUUAGUGUUGUUUAUUUGAGGUCGUUGGUCAGAUGUUAUCUGUGGGGAUCAAUGCGCUCAACCCAAUAAAGGCAGCGUCUCAGGCUGCGUCAUUAAGUGUUGGGCUGGCAUAGGGGGCCAAAAGCAGGUAUGUGUGUUGUCUGUGUGAGUGAUGGAGUGGGGGAGGGGGCGUGGCUGUGAGAUGAAUCCAAAUCUUUUGAAAUUUUUCUUGAAACUGACCAAGUUUUCUUAUGAGUUUUGUUCUGUUUUAGUUCAAAUCCAGGCCUUUGCACACUCCUCUGUAUUUGUUGUUGAAUAAGAACUUUUAUUGUACCCUACAAAUAUAUAUGUGGGUUUCAUUCCAAGCAGUCAGAGCAGGAAUUCUUGAGUAGUAGUUUUCUCUCUGAGGUUCUUCCAACGGUUUUCUUUAGAAUUUUGCUUCUUUUUCACUAAUCUUUCUUAUUUAAAAUGUCAAUUCUGCUUUACUUUUUGCAAAUCCACUUAGAUGUUAUGUUUUGCAUGUGCAGUGCUUUAGAUUUGCCUUUUUCUUUCAUUAGCCAAAAAUGAAAAUGUAGCUCUUUUCAGUUUAUUUCCUUAGGAACCUCCAAAUCCCAGACAAAGUGUUGGUUUUGAGCCACUUAACUCUGACCCAUGAGACAUUCACAGGCUUGACUCAGGCGGCAACUUUAGGGGCAUUGCUACAUCAGUCUUUCCUUCCAUUUGUUAUGUGAGAUGACACGAAAAGCAGGGAGGGUCCAGAAAGAAUGGAAACCUGCAGGAAACCUGGAGAACCACUAAUCAACAAUUUCUGACUGCUAAAAAGCUAACUUUGCAUAUUGAUCUGUAUUUUGGGGUUUUACAUUUAGACACUGAAUAUUGUCUUCCGUUUUUGACACUGGAGUAAGUUUAUCCUAUGUUUUUAUUUUUAUAUAUUAAAUAUCUAAGAGUUACUGGGCUACCUUAGUACCUACCAACUAACUAAGUUUUUGCUUUUGGCUGAUUUGUUUUUCCAUCCUUUUUAUACCUGAUUAGAUCCGGUUAAUUGGUGCCACAUUUGUAAGAACAAAUGCAUUUUUGGGGGGUUUAGCAGCGGUGUUGCCAAAAUGCCUCUCUGCCAAACAGAGAGGCAUUUUUUCAAAUAAGAUUGAAGGAUUGGCAGAGUUUUAUUUUUUUGCAAAUGCUGGUUGAGGAACAAGAUGCCCUUAUUAAUGAUUGACCGACAUGUAGUAUGUUUCUCCUAAGCACUGCCAAGGCAAGGUUUGUUUCUUUAAACUAAAGUUACCCAACAAAAGACAUGGAGCAGCAAAAACUUUCAACCUACAAACAUGUUUUUCUUACAAACGUAGCACCAAAAAAAAGGAUUUUUGUUGAAAACCGAUUCAUUGCCAAGAAGCAUCACUGCAAACAAAAACUAAUCAACCAUUCAGACAAUUUCUGAAUUUUCGGGCUCAGUUUGUCUUUAAACAUUCAGAUCCAAACCUAAAAGUAAUCCUAUUCACUUUGUUUCCAGCACAAUGCACUUUGUAUUAAAAGAUGUUUAGCACCAAAUUAAGUAGAGGUUGGAUCCUUUAAAUUGAUAUAAACAUAAGGGGGGGAGGGUUUGCUGUUUCACUUUAUUGUCUCCUUUUUUAAGUUAUUUUCAGCUCAGUAAUAACUUAUUAUGAAUUUGAAUUAUAGCUACAAACACGGAGCUGGUGUGCAAAGGCCUUUCUAGUAUUUGUUGGUUGAAAUGUCACAGAGGAGUUUUUAGUUUUAGAUUUGUCAAAGUGCCCAACGAGCCCAGUUUCAGAUCACACAAGUGUUAGUUUUUUAACUCUUUAUUCUCAUGUUUCUGUCUUAUUUCACAGUUACUUUCAUAGCUGUUUUAUUAUUAUAAUUAACUGCAAGCCCCUCCUGCCCAAAGGUGCACAAAGUGUCACCGUAGAAGAAACAGGAGGCUUUAACGAGUCUUAGUGGUAGAAAACCUUCCUAACACUCCAGCCUUCGUAAAAGACGUUGGCAAACUAACCUGUGUAAGACUGUAGAAAUGUUUAUUUAUUUAUUUUUUUUUAGAUUGCUUUUAUUGUUGUUAGUCCCUCUGAUUUGUUUACAGGGCAUUUUGUGAGAAGUGCUUUACAAUAAAUUCCAUUUUUUCCA